AUGCCGAGCCCCCGGAGGACCAUCGAGGGACGGCCGCUGGGCGCCUCGGGCGGGAACAGCGUCCCGGGCAGCCCGGCCCACGGCGGAGGUGGUGGCAGGUUCGAGUUUCAGUCGUUGCUGAGCUGCCGUGCGGGCGCGGAUCCUGCUUGCGCCCGGCUGCGCGCGUCCGACAGCCCGGUGCACCGGCGCGGCUCCUUCCCGCUGACCUCCGCGGGCCCCGCGCAAGCAGCACCGGCCCUGCCGCCGGAGGACGACCGUAUGAACUUGAACCCGUCCUUCCUGGGCAUCGCCCUGCGCUCCCUGCUGGCCAUCGACCUGUGGCUAUCCAAGAAGCUGGGGGUGUGCGCCGGGGAGAGCUCGGCCUGGGGCAGCGUGCGACCGCUGAUGAAGCUGCUGGAGAUCUCGGGGCAUGGCAUCCCCUGGCUGCUGGGCACCCUCUACUGCCUGCUUAGGAGCGACAGCUGGGCCGGGCGCGAAGUGCUGAUGAACCUGCUCUUCGCCCUGCUGUUGGACCUACUGCUGGUGGCUGCACUGAAAGGGCUGGUCCGCAGGCGUCGACCAGCACACAAUCAGAUGGACAUGUUUUUCACUCUGUCAGUGGACAAGUAUUCCUUUCCCUCCGGCCACGCCACCAGGGCCGCCCUGGUGUCGCGGUUCAUCCUGAAGCACCUGGUGCUGGCCAUUCCUCUGAGGGUACUGGUGGUACUGUGGGCCUUUGUCUUAGGGCUCUCCAGGGUCAUGCUUGGGAGGCACAACGUCACUGAUGUAGCUUUUGGCUUCUUUGUGGGCUACAUGCUGUACAGCAUUGUGGAUUAUUGCUGGCUGUCACCCCACAGUGUGCCGGUUCUCUUCCUACUGUGGAAUCAACAGUGAUGCCCUCACCUGGAUUGUUGGCACCAGGAGGUCUCAAGGUUUCCAUCUUCGAGAAGUCUGGCCUAAACCAGCCAUCCAGUUGCCCCUCAGACAUUUCAGGCACCUUUGGGAAUUCUGGGAUCCCACUGUCUUGGCAUGUCCCUAGCUGGAGCACGUACAUGCUGGCUAGUACUGAACACAGCUAUACUAGAGAAAGAAAGUCUAUUGUGUAUAUAUUCAAGACAGAUGCAAAGAAAUCAAGCUGACUGAUUAUAUAAUUGCUAUUUAUUUAAAGCUGACAGAUUUGUGUUAAUUAGUAGUCCCCAAACAACCAAUGUUAUCACUUGUAAAUUGAAUUUUAAGAGACAUGAGCUUCCAGAUAAACUAUGUGCUACUCCCAGCCCUUUCCCUGUGGUAGAUUUUAAACAGUAUUUUUAAAGCCAAAGGCUGAUUUUUUUUUUUUUUCCACUUCAUCCUCUGAAUAUCUGUUGCCAUAAUUGGAGCUUUUUCUUUCUCCUGAUUGCCUGUAACAAGCCCACCCACCUUUGUGGAUUAGGUAGUAAGAAGUGACGGACAGUACUUGCCUUUCUUCCUAUACCUCUCAAAAGGUCUGUAGAUGUUUACUUUCCAUUACUCUCUAAUAGUCUUUUAGCAUCCGUAGGACAAACCAAGAUGUUAAAGAAGACACACUCAAAAAGUGGGCUUGUCUAAGGUUCCCACAGAAAAGUAAGUAUGAGACUACUGUUCAUUUUCUAAUUCUGUUGACAACCAGUAGCAGUGCAUAGCAGGGGGCCAAGAAGCUGAGCUGGGGAACUUAGGAGCCUGGAAAUAGACCAACAGAUGUCAACAACCAGUGGAAGGAGAUGGAGCCCUGAUGCCCAUCAUCUCUGUGGAACAGAGCAAAUGGUCCUCCAUUAAGUAAAAAAAUGGAAACGCAAUGUGAUUUUCAGUAUGCUCGCAGAGCUUCCUUGUGUGUAUGCUACCCGUUUUCAUAUCAAUUCCACUUUGCCAUACCCAGCACACUUGACCUAACGGUACUUAACUUGAAAUUCUUCAGGAGAGCCUGUUGCCCUAAGUGACCACUAGGUAUGACUCCUAAAUUUCAGUUUACAUGGAAAGCUGUUCCUUCACGUGCCUCCCCCAAUCAUAAGACCAAAGAUGACCAAAUAACAUGGUAGACUCUGAUUAUUGUCUGACCUGGGAAGACCAAAGAGAGUAUGUACUGUAUAAAUCUGUAAAUGCUGCCCUAUCCAGAAAGAAAACCUUUAAAUCACUCUGGCAAUGUCGGGUCAGAUAACGACCAAUUGUUCUGGCAUUUAUAAAUAGAAUGGAUUAUUGGCUGUGAUCUAACAUGCAUGGGUGUGGACCAGACUGUGCAGAAUGGCCGUGCUAAACAGAUUCUCACCAGGAAGAAGCAGGAACUGUGAGAGCUGAGGGUCAGGCACACCAAUAGGAACAGCUCUUCCUCUGAGUAAACAGUCACUGCAUUUCCACAACACCCUGAACACUGACUACCUCUUUGCUUACUGACUCUGCUGAGCUGUGAGGUUCUAAGUGGUCUGUGUGUGUUGUUUAAACUUUCACAUUUUCUGAGGCUUUGGGUUUGGUUGGGGGGGAGACGGGGUGGAAACAGGGUUUCUUUGUGUAGCCCUAGCUGUCCCGGAACUGCCUCUGUAGACCAGGCUAGCCUUGAACUCACAGAGAUCCACCUGCCUCUGCUGGGAUUAAAGGUAUGCACCAUCACCACCCAGCUUUGGAGAUCAUUUUUAAUUGCAACAUUCAGGCGGAUAGUGUUUGCUCUUACCUUGUCCCCAGGUUUGAUUACUGAGGACUGGACCUAUCUUCUAGUUUCUAGUUACACUUCUAGAAUCCAUGUUUUGUUCACUGGGGCCUGAGUUUGCCAACUGUCUAAAAUAGGAUCAGAUCGAGUUAUCUGACUUCAUGGAUCACCCUAAGUUCUCUGGAGUAAAAAACUGAUUUUUCUUUUGUUGUUGUUAAUUGCUUGUACACUGAAGGAUGUCUUUUAAAAAUCAAAAUAAAGUAACCGGUAACGUUGA